AAGCGUUGUGAAUCACAAAUAAGUGAGUUGCGUGCAUUUCUUUAUUUGGAUCUUAUUUUGGCAAUAAUCUUAUUAAUAUAAACGGAAAAAACCAUUACCAAAAUGAGCCGUUACGUAGUGUUCGAUUGUGAUGUCGGCAACGAUGAUGCAUGGGGUCUGAUGAUGCUAAUCAGAGCUGAAGAAGCUUUUAAAAGACGUGUCGAUCUAGCGGAUUCCCCAGAAAAGUUUGAAAUCAUUGGCGUUACAUGCGUGCAGGGAAACACCAAUCUCGACCAAGUGGUAAUAAACACACUCAGAGUGCUCAAAGCAGCCAAUAGAAACGAUUUGCCCGUAUAUAAAGGUUGCAGUACACCAAUCAUACAAACGCAUUGGGAGAACCCGGAAAAUUUUCAUGGAAAGGAUGGGUUCGGUGAAGUGCAGCAUGAGACGUCAGUCAAUUUGGAUCUGGUGCGGCCGGAGCAUGCGGUGAAUGCGAUGUAUGAUAUAGUUUGUAAGCACCCGAAAAAGGUUGACUUCUUGUUGGUGGGUCCACUUACCAACUUUGCGAUGUGUAUCAAUAUGUAUGGUUCAGAGUUCUUAAAUAAAGUUGGUAAAAUUUAUAUUAUGGGCGGCAAUCAUAGAGCCAAAGGCAACAUAACUAAAAGCGCCGAGUUCAAUUUCAUGAUGGAUCCAGAGGCUGCACAUAUUGUUUUAACUCAUGUAGAUAGUCCACUAACAAUACUUCCUUGGGAAACCUGCAUUGAUGGCGAGUUUGAUAUAUCACUUGACUGGCGUUUGAACGUCCUCGGUACGAUUCAGAGUCCUUUCAUCGAAUUGCUGAACCUUGUGGAACGUGCUAUUUUUAUACCCAAAGGUAUCGAACGUUGGCUGGUUUGUGAUGCUGUAGUCGUCGCAGCCUACCUUUUUCCACAUUUGACGGUGAAACAAAGUCGACACUAUCACGCAACCGUUGAACUGACUGGCACUCACACACGAGGCCAAAUGGUUAUCGAUCACUUAAAACAGCAAAAGGAUAAUGUGAAUAUUAUUAUGGAAGUAGAUGGUGACCAAUAUAAAAAUAUUAUUGCAUGGACCGC